AUGCGGAGCCAGCAUCGGGUCUUUGAUCGGCGAGAACAUACCUGGUGUGCCCCACAGUUUCACGCGCCAGCAUUCGCCUGUGGCGGGAAGCACGCAUUGGACGAUGAAAUGGACUUCGAGAUCGUCAAGGCUCUUGGUGACGGCUCCAUGGGUUCAGUUCGCAUGGUCAAGCUUGCUCAUGGCAGAAGCACCGCCAGGUACGCGCUCAAGAUAAUCGACAAACGGCACGUUGUCAUGACGCGCCAGGUCGCACGCGUGAUGCAAGAGAAGCAGCUCCUUGGGCUUGUCAACCACCCCUUCGUCGUCAAAUUGGCGGGCACAUUCCAGGACGACGCGCGCCUUUUUCUGCUCAUGGAGCUUGCUGGCGGCGGUGACCUGUACUCAGCCCUAGGAAGCGGCAAGUUUGACGAUGCGUGUGCGAACUUCUUCGCUGCUGAGAUCACGCUUGCGCUCGGCCAUAUUCACAGUUUGGAUAUCGCAUUUCGUGAUUUAAAGCCGGAAAACGUUGCUAUCGACUCGCUGGGCCACGCGAAGAUCAUUGAUUUCGGGCUGGCCAAAGUAGUCCGAACAACAACGUAUACAGUGUGCGGGACUGCGGAGUACAUGGCGCCCGAAGUCUUGUCCCACAUAGGCCAUGGCAGAUGUGUGGACUGGUGGGCCCUUGGUAUCCUCAUCUUCGAGAUGCUCGCGUUCAAGACUCCCUUCAAGGGACGCACCGCUAGAGAGACCCGCAAGAGCGUGCUCAAUGGCGACCCACGGUGCCCUUCGUGCUUCGGGAGCGUGGCUAAGAGCAUCGUCUACCUGCUCCUGAUCAAAGACCAGAACCUGCGCCUGGGCAGCGGCGCAAACGGCAGUGCGCGCGUCCGGAGCCACCCAUGGUUCUCCGCAGUGGCGUGGGACGAUCUCCUCCAGCAGAGGUGCAGCUCGCCCUUCCUGCUGGGCAAGCGCGGCGACUCCGGGGCCUCCGCGUGCGGCGGCGGCCUCCCCGAGCGCGGGGGCGGCGACAACUGCGCCGCGGGCGGUCUCUCCGAGGCGCAGCAGCGGCUGUUCCUGGGCUUCUGA